CACCCAGUGUAGUCACCAGCUGGCUAGUACACUUUCUACUUGUUCGAACCUAUGUCGGUGUAUUCUGUCAUAAAGACCAAUGUGGUGGUUUGCAUAUGCUUGGCCCAGUGAGUGGCACUAUUAGAAUGUAUGGCCUUGUUGGAGGAAGUGUGUCACAAUGGGGGUGGGCUUUGAGAUCCUCCUCCUAGCCACCUGAGAAUGUUGUCUUCUGUUUGUCUUUGGAACAAGAUGUAGAACUCUCAGCUCCUCCAGUGCCAUGCCCACCUGGAUGCUGUCACACUCCCUCGCUCCCACCAUACUGGCAAUGGCCUGAACCUCAGAAACUAUAAGCCAGACCCAGUUAGAUGUCCUUUAGAAGAGUUGUCUUGGUCAUGGUGUCUCUUCACAGCAGUGGAAACUCUAACCAAGACACCCAACAACAGCCUUUAUCAGUAUUUCUUGUCUGAACCCACCAUUGUUAUGGUCGUUAUGAAUUAGUGUUUUAGAGUUUUAAUGAUGUCCUGUUUUUCUGGUUGGCCUUUCCUGGCUAUAAAGAGCUAUCCCUCCUGGACAUUUGUGUAGAUAAGGACACGUGGAGUCUCACUUUACUCGUGGCUUAGAAUGUAUCGCCAUUAUUAUUUAUUUGGAUGCUCACCUUGACCCUGAAUGAGUGGUUCUCUCAUUCAUUAAAAAUUAGGUACUGAAGAGGGAUCUUCACUAUGGCGGCACCUCCUUCUCUACCCUCGAGCAUGGCGAGGAUGGCGAGGAUGGCGAGCAUGGCGAGGAUGGCGAGCAUGGCGAGGCUGGCCUGAAGCUGCGGGUGGGGCCAGGAGGUGAUCCCACUGUGCAUUUCGGCUGGGGUGGAUAUCGCUACAGGGACCCCUCACCUCCUCCACGUUCAGAGAGGUGUCAGCAGCAGCUCGCUCAUUCCCGCUCUCCUUGGAGCAACAGACUGGAGAUGAUCAGCAUGCAAGGAGACGGCUUCGUGAGGUCAGUGAGGAGCAGCGGCUGUGGAAGAAUAGCUGGGCUACUCAGGCACGCUGCCUGCUGCUGGAGAGUCUGGCAAAGCACAACUGUGAAGUAGAUGACGAUCUAGCAUGUUAGAUGUUAAAAGAGAUGGCGAGAAGCGGGCCAACCCGAACCAGCUCUGAGUUGACAAUGUUCUGAGCGCACCGACUGUGCUGAACGCUGACUUUUCCUCACAUCAAGGCUCUGAGGGAGGAUGAGGGAGUGCUUGCCUGCUGUGAGCUCCAACGAGUACCAGCUGAUAGAGCCGGGACUUCCUAGGCAGGGUCAAUGUGCUCAAGUAGGCUGACUAUGUGCCACGCGGCCAGGACCUGCUGUGUGUGCUGCGGCAUCCUGACCUCUUGGAGUUUUGAACCCAACCUCUAGGUGGGCAAAUUCAACUCACACGCGUUCGAAGUGGGUGGCCCCUGGCGAAUGCCGCAUGCGAGUCCACUGCUUCUGUGGUGUGAUGCCCGUCAUCUUCGCGGUGGCCAGCAGCAGCCGCAACAUGGUCGGUCAGGGAGGAUAAUCACCCCAUCCUCCUGCAGGGGGCUCCGAACCUCUUCAAGAGCAUCUCAGGAUCCUGCACACCAGCGCUGUGCUCCUCUUCCCCAGCGAGUAAGACCCGCUUGCUUAGAAAGUCCUCGCUGGGAAAUCCACACUCCUCCCGAGGAUGCAACUCCUGAACCUCGAGGGGACCUGCGUGCCACCUGGGUUAGUUCCUUCAUCUGGGAUGAGUUGAUGGGCACCACUACUGCUACCUCCACUUCACCUGUACACCAGAACAUUCUCUGCUUUUUCAAAGAUGGCCCCCGACAUCAUCCAGUGCAUGCAUCUCCGCCCAUACAAGCUGCUCCAAACGGGGGACACCCACUUUUACUUCAGCCUUAAGCAUAAUUAAUUAUAAUUCUGAGAAAUCAAUGCUUCUCCGGAGGACCCCAGAUAAUAAGCAACAAUUCCGGUUCUCUAGAGCUGAGCCAUCCGGUGUCCGUUUUAAGCACGAGGCUGCAUGAAGUCUCGAAGAGUAUUCAACAUUGUGUACGGUGUUAGCGUACCUCUGGGUCAAAACAAGAGCAACAGCAGGAGCAACAGGAGCAGCAGAAACAGCAGCAACAGCAACAAAAACAGCAGCAGGAACAACAGGAGCAGCAGCAACAGCAGCAGCAGUAACAGCAACAGCAGGAACAGCAACUGAGGAGCAGCAGCAGCAGCAACAGCAACCACAGUAGCAACAGCAGCCAUAGCAGCAGCAACAGCAGGAUCAGUAGCAGCAGCAGCAGCAGCAACAACAGCAGUAGCAGGAACAACAGCAGCAUUCACAGCAGCAAAAACAGAAACAAAAGCAGCAACAGGAACCACAAACAGGAGCAGCAGCAACAACCGCAAGAGAAGCAGCAGCAAUAACAGCAGCAGCAGCGACAGCAGCAGCAAUUGCAAUAACAGCAGCAACAGCAGCAGCAGAAACAACAGCAGUAGCAACAUCAGGAACAGCAGCAAUGACAGCAGCAGCAGCAACAGCAACAGCAGUAAGAACAACAUGAGCAAAACGAACAGCAGCAACAGCAGCAACAAUAACAAUAACAGCAGCAACAACAGCAACAGCACACAAAGCAGCAGCAACAUCAGCAACAGCAGCAGCAACAACAGCAGCAACAGCAACAAAAAUAGCAGCAGCAGCACCAACAACAGCAAAAGCAACAGCAGCAACAGCAGCAACAGCAGCAGCACCAUUAACAGCAACAGUAGCAGCAGCAUCAACAACAGCAGCAACAGCACCAUCAACAGCAGUAGCAGCAGCACCAUCAACAGCAGCAGCACCAUCAGGAAUAGCAGCAGCACCAUCAACAGCAGCAGCAGCAGCAGCAGCAGCAGCAGGAGUAAAAGCAGCAGCAACAACAGCAGCAGCAACAGCACCAGCAACAUCAUCAGCAACAACAGCAGCACCAUCAAUAACAGCAGCAACUGCAAUAACAGAAGCAGCACCAUCAACAACAGCAACAGCAGCAGCACCACCAACAACAGUAACAGCAACAGCUUCAGCAGCAACUGCAGCACCAACAGCAGUAACAGCAGCAACUGCACACAAAACAACAACAGCAGCACCAUCAACAACAAUAGCAGCAACACCAGCAACAUCAGCAGCAACAGCACCACCAACAGCAGCAGCACCACCACCAACAGUAGCAGCAACAUCAGCAGCAACAGCACCACCAACAGCAGCAGCACCAUCAACAACAGCAGAAAGAACAACAGCAACAGCAGACAACAGCAGCAGCAACAUCAACAGCAACAUCAACAGCAACAUCAGCAGCAACAACAACAGCAGUACCAACAACAACUGCGAUAACAGAAGCAGCACCAUCAACAACAGCAACAGCAGCACCAACAGCAACAGCAACAGCUUCAGCAGCAACUGCAGCACCAACAGCAACAACAACGGCAGCAGCAAAAGCAGCCACAGCACACAAAGCAGCAACAGCAGCAGCAGCAGCAACAGCAGCCACAACAGCAGCAGCAACAGCAGCAACAAGAGAAGCAGCAGCUAUAACAGCAACAAAAGCAGCAUCAAGAGCAGCAGCAGCACCACCAACAGCAGCAGCACAACCAGCAACAGCAACAACAGCAAGAACAAAAUCAGCAGAAAGAACAGCAGUAACAUCACACAAAGCAACAACAACAACAGCAACAACAACAGCAACUGUAGCACCAUCAGCAGCAGCACAAUCAAAAACAACAGCAGAAGCAACACCUGGAACAGCAGCAGCAACAGCAGCAAGAACAUCAGCAGAAAGAACAGCAGCAGCAACAUCAGCAGCAUCAGCAGCAACUGCAAUAACAGCAAGAGCAGCACCACCACCAGCAGCAACAGCAGGAAGAACAUCAGCAACAACAGUAACAGCACACAAAGCAGAAACAUCAACAGCAGCAGCAACAACAGUAAUAAUAGCAGAAACAGCAACAGCACACAAAGCAGAAACAACAGCAGCAGCAACAGUAAUAAUAGCAGCAGCAGCAACAGCAGCAAGAACAGCAAUAGCAAUAACAGCAGCAGCAUUAAUAGCAGUAGCAGCAACAGCAGUAGAAGCACAGCAGCAACAACAGCAACAACAGCAGCAGCACCAUCAACAGCAGCACCACCAUCAACUGCAGCAACAGCAGCAGCAACUGCAAUAGCAGCAGCAACAACAGAAACAGCACCAAUAACAACAUCAGCAGCAGCAACAAUAGGAACAAAAACUGCAGUAGCAACACCAGCAACAGCUUUAGCAGCAACUGCAGCAUCAACAGGAGCAGCACCACCAACAACUACAGUAGCAACACCUGCAACAGCAGCAGCAGCAGCAACAGCAGCAGCAGCACCACCACCACCAGCAACAGCAACAGUAGCAGUAGCAGCAGCACCAAUAACAGCAGCACCACCACCAGCAACAGCAGCAACAACAGCAGCAGCAACAGCAGCAGCAACAACAGCAUCAUCAUCAAGAACAACAGCAGCAGCACCAUCAUCAUCCACAACAGCAGUAGCAACAUCAGGAAUAGCAGCAACAUCAGCAAGAACAACAUCAGCGGAAAGAACAGCAGCAACAGCAGCACACAAAGCAGCAGCAAGAACAUCAGCAGAAAGAACAGCA